CUAUUCUCCUCCUCUUCAUGUUCUUUCCCAUCGUCAUGCCCCUGCCCCUGUCAACGAAUUCACGUUGGAUUGUUGACGAUGGAGGACGACGUGUGAAGCUGGCGUGCGUGAACUGGUCGGCUCACUCGGAACUGAUGGUUGCCGAAGGGCUCAGCAAGCAGCCUAUGGAUACGAUUGCCAAACGGAUUGCGUCGAUGGGAUUCAACUGCGUCAGGUACACUUGGCCGGUCUAUCUGAUCACCAAUGACUCCUUAGCAUCCCUUACCGUUAGACAGUCCUUUCAACGACUCGGCUUCGUUGAAUCCAUCGCUGGAAUUCAAGCCAACAACCCUUCCAUCAUCGAUGUUCCCCUCAUCAAAGCUUACCAGGCAGUGGUGUCAAGCUUAGGUGAAAACAAUUUGAUGGUCAUACUUGACAAUCACAUCAGCAAACCCGGUUGGUGUUGCAAUAAUUUAGACGACAACGGUUUCUUCGGUGACAAGUACUUCAACCCGGAUCAAUGGGUCACCGGGCUAACUCGGAUGGCCACCUUAUUCAAUGGUGUCACCAACGUGGUCGGCAUGAGCUUGAGGAACGAGCUAAGAGGCCCGAAACAGAACGUCAACGACUGGUACAAGUACAUGCAGAAAGGAGCCGAAGCAGUGCACUCGGCAAACCCGGACGUCCUCGUUAUACUUUCUGGAUUUGAUUUCGACAGAGACUUGUCAUUCAUCAAGACUCAAUCCGUAAAACUCACGUUCAGUGGGAAACUAGUAUUCGAGGCGCAUUGGUAUGGAUUCUCCGAUGGGCCACGAACAUGGGUGGCCGGAAACCCAAAUGAAGUUUGUGGCAGAGUUGCGACUUACAUGUUGAAGACGUCUGGGUAUUUGGUUGAUCAAGGAUACCCGUUGUUCAUUAGCGAGUUCGGGAUCGACCAAACAGGAGCCAAUGUCAAUGGCAAUAGGUACUUGAAUUGCUUCUUGGGCGUGGCAGCUGAGCUUGACCUGGAUUGGGCCUUGUGGACACUCACCGGGAGCUACUAUGUGAGAGCAGGAGUUGUCGGGUUAAACGAGUACUACGGAGUCUUGGAUUAUAACUGGUGCGCACCCAGAAAUUCGAGCUUCAUACAAAGAAUUUCAGGUCUCCAAGCUCCUUUCCGAGGUCCAGGUUUGUCGGAAGCCAAACCGCACAAAGUUAUCUUCCACCCCUUAACGGGGCUCUGUAUCACAAGGAAACCAUUCGCCCACCGGUUGCGGUUAGGUCCCUGCUCCGAGUCCUACGCUUGGAGUUAUUCCCCCCAGAAGACUUUACUAGCAACAAGGACACAUUUAUGUUUACAAGCUGGCGAAUCCGGGACAUCGGCGAAGCUCGGCAUCUUAUGCACCGGCUCGAAUUCGAAGUGGGAAAUGAUAUCAGAUUCCAAGAUGCAUCUCUCGGCUAAACACAGGGAUGGCAAAUCCGUUUGUCUCGACGUAGCGUCGGACAACACUAUCAUCACAAGCAGUUGCAAAUGUAUAAAUAAAGACAACACAUGUGACCCUUCGAGCCAAUGGUUCAAACUCGUGGAUAGCACAAGGAGCAGCGCAAGCGUUUAG